AUGGGCGAUGGCAAUAAAAAUAUUACUUUUACGAAUAUUAUGGGGCAGGGCCGCAUAAAUCAACUUGGCGGUGUUUUUAUUAAUGGACGACCUUUGCCUCAACAUAUCCGAAUUAAAAUAAUCGAAAUGGCUAGUAAUGGCAUUAAACCCUGCCACAUUAGUCGGCAGCUACGUGUAUCUCAUGGAGCUGUAUCAAAAAUACUGAAUCGAUAUGUCGAAACAGGUUCCGUAUCACCUGGACAAAUCGGAGGUAAUCCACGUUCACGAUUAGCUAUUCAAGCUGUUGAGAAACAUAUUCUGGCAUUAAAAGAAAAGUGUCCUAGUCUAUGUGCAAGUGAACUGCGCUCUUGUCUUAUUGAGCAAGAGAUCUGCUCUGCAGAAAACGCGCCUACCGUAUCUUCCAUCAACAGACAUAUUCGAUCGAAGAAACUCAAUAACUCCAAUGACAAAGAAAGGAAAGUAACAAAGAAAAAUCAGUUAAGUCACAGCAUCGAACAAAUCCUUGGUUUACAGAGUGGUGAAGAUGAUGGCCCAGAAACAUCUGAAGCAAGCUAUUCGGAAGGAGAAGGGUCCGGAGAUAAAAGAAAUGGAAAUGCAUCAGAUAAUGGAAAUUGUGGGAAAAAUGGAAGAGUGCGCCGAAAUAGGACAAGUUUCAGCAGCGAACAACUCGAGAUUAUGGAGGCAGCAUUUAAUACGAACACCUAUCCUGAUCAGGAUGAACGGGAACGGAUUGCAAUAAAAACAGGUCUUAGUGAAGAUAAGAUCAUGACGUGGUUCAGCAAUCGUCGAGCACGUUGUCGGAAGAAUUUUGCCUUUACGGGUACCAAUUCACUUUUAAUUCAAAACGCUGCUCCCAUAUCUGUUAUGCCUCGACCAUCCAUGCGACAGUCUGAAAGUGUACCGUUAUUUUCAUCACAAAUGAAUUUAUUUCCCUAUCCUGUCAGUCCAACAUCACCAGUGAAGUUUCAAGAUCCAUCGACGGCACCGAUUCUUUUUUACCCACAAUAUGCGUCUAUAUGA